UCCAAACCUUGGCAUUGUUUCAUUUGUUUUUUUUCAUUCUUCACUUAUUCGUAAAUUCAAGUCAAUAAACUCACUGAGAAAGUGAGAAAUGAGAAUAUAGAAACUUUAUUGUUUAAAACUAACUCAAUGUGAAUAAAUUUAAAAUUCAUUAAAAAAAAACUAACUCAAUGCACAAUCAUAUUUCUUUAAAUUAGUGUGCAAUGUAUCAAAAUAAAAGAAAAUAGAGUAAACACUUGCAGCAAAGUUUAUAUAACCCACAAAAUACUAUUGCAAUGAUACAAAAUUCGGUCUUUCAUUUAGUUUGUAUAUUUAAAAAGGGAAUUCACUAAAUCCUAUUUGCAUUUUUUAUAUAAACUGGGUUUACCAGUAUUGUUUUGACUUUGCUUUUUAACUUGUAAAGAAUUAUGGAAAUUGUCAACAUUUUGUCUGCCAAAGCAUAUUGAACGGCUAAAUAAUUGUAUUUUAUUUUUCUUUUUGUAUUGUUCAGGUGAGAGCGCUUCGAAAUUAAAGUAUUAUAGUUAGUUAAAUAACUAAAUAUAAUUCUAAUUUAUAAAAGAAAGAGUCAUCGAAAAGACAAAAGCUUACCCAAGGGGGUAGAGUAGAUACGCGUUUCGUGACCAAGGCAAAUAGGUCAAAAUAAGCACUGAGACGACGAUGGAGAGAGAUAAAUAGAGGGAGAUUUCGCAGCACCAACGUCGUAGUUUCUCAUGGCCUUCGAAACGUUUUUCAAUAUUACGUGAUCCUCGAAGAAAUCAACCACAUAUAAAAAUAAAAUAAAUCGAAUAUACAACAACAUUGCAAGAGAGAAUUAUUUUCAGAAAGAAACUUGAACACAACCUGAUUUGUUUUCUUUGUAAUGGAGAAGAGGAGAAGAGAAGAGAUGAUAACGGAGGCAGAGAUGGAAGCAGCUCAACAUCUGAUAGAGCUAAGCGACGAAGAGAGCAGUCUCGAUAUAAUAAAGAAGAGGAAGAUUGAGGAACUAUUCGGUAAAGAUGAUAUUUAUCAAGAUCAAUGCACGAAAGAAAUGGUUAUCGCCAGAGUAUUGUCAUCGAACAAGAAGAAGAAGAAGUUUAGAACGCUCGAGAGCAUUUACAAGGCGACGCGACCUAUGAGGGUCGUGAUAAGAUGAUGAAAUUAACAACUCUCUUAGGUUUAAUAUCUUAGGGUUCUUGUAUUACAUUAUAAUAAUGGUCUUGUUUGAGCAUUUGCAUGGCGACGAGACCAAUAUAUCAGGAUCGUCGCUGGAUGAUGAAACAACUAAUGAAGCUCAGGGAUCUGUUAUUACAUUUAUCAUCUUAUUUAUAAACAUUUGUAAAUAGUUCGAUGAACAUGAAUGAAGGUUAAAUGGUUUAAAAGAAAUAAAAAGAAUGAUACAAUUUUACCAAUAAAUUUUUUUUGAUACAAUCAGUCAAUGCACGUCAUUUUAUUAAACAAUGUACGUAGUUCACAAAUAAAAAGUUGUUACUCGUGAACGAUCGAGGUAAAGAUUUUUAAGAUCAUAAGAACCAAUCGAGAGAGAUAAAAGAUCAACUGAUUAUGAAUUAUGAUCGAUGACUCACGGCUAGUAGCUUUCCAACGCGUAGAAGUCUUUGUUAGUAAUAAUAAUAAGCGUGUUGGGGUUUUAUAUUUGCACAGUUGAUACUCUACCAACCAUUUUGUACCUUUAUAAAUUUAUAUCAGUUUUCCCAUAAUCGUAAUAACAAGAAAAACUAAUUCUGGAAUGUAGUUGACAAGGUUUAUUUAAUUUUGAAACAAAAUAUAUGUAUUGACAAUUACGUUUGUAUUGUAUAUGUCACUCAUGGUAAUAUAUGUGUGCUCGCACAGCAAAGUUGCCAAAGGUUUCAACUUUUCAAAAGAAGCUAGUAAAUAUAUAGAACGUUGGUUGAAGUAUUUUGUCCAUAUCAUAGGUUAAGAACGCCUUCAUGUCGUUGUGUUGUUCACUGUCUUCGUGUUCUUCCUUAUGUCCCAGUCUUGGCUCGGUUUAUGCUUCAAAAUCAUAUCGCUACUUUAAUCGGUAUCAUAUAGUUUCAAUUGUUUUUACUUCCUUUUUCUAAAUUUUUUUGGUCGUAAAACUAAGUUUAGAAGUUUUAUUUUUUGUUAAUAAACUUUGUAAACCUCAAUAUUCAUUUCUUGAAUAGCAAAAAAAAAGGGUUAAGAACGUCAUGUCCAUUUUAGAAUUGCAAGAAAAUAGCAACACUUUAUCAAAACAAAAUAAAUUACUUUUGUAAGAUCAAUUCAUAUGUGAAAGCUACAACCAACGAAAACAGAAUAAGAAAAGGUUUUCCGACAAGAAAGUUUACCAAAGACAGAGAGAUCUGGUUUGCCUCCAGUUCACGCCUUCGCUUUUGGCUUUGUAUUCAUGUGGAGGCAGCAAUACAAAAAUAUUAUUCAUUUCAGUAAAACAUAAGAAACAAAUGAAUAAAGAGCGUAAACUAAAUUU